AAUAGCUAAUUUAUCUUUUAUUUCUCAAGACACAAGAAGAAUGAGAAAGGAGAAGCAAGAGAAAAGUUCCAAUUUACUUCUAGAGUAGAGAAAGAAUACCUGAAGCCCCUCUUACUCUGCUAGCAUUGGUGAGGAGCUUGAAGAUGGCUAUUUGAUGAUUUCUUAGAAUUGGCAUUGCAGUUUGGAAUGAUUUUGAUGUUUGCUUGCGCAUUCCCACCUGCAUUUGCUUUUGCUGCUGUGAACAACCUUAUGGAGAUCAGGACAGAUGCAUUGAAGCUGCUAGUAAUUUUGAGGCGGCCUGUUCCUCGUGCCGCUGCAACAGUAGGAGUCUGGCUUAACAUAUUUCAGUUUCUUAUACUGAUGUCUAUAUGCACCAACUGUGCUAUUUUAGCAUGGCUAUAUGAUGAGGAGGGAAAUUGGAAAAUAGAGCCUGGACUUGCAGCAAUUUUAAUCAUGGAGCAUGUCCUCUUGUUGACUAAGUUUGGUUUCUCUCGCUUCUUUCCUGAGGUGAUUGUUUUGCUUCCCAAAAGUAAGUGUAUGUUUGAAAAUACUUUUAAAACUCUAUUGGUUGUAAGGCUGUUUCCAUAUUCAUAUUCAUUUUUAUAUAAUGUAGGUACCAAACAUUCUCCAUAAGCGAGUCUAGUGCGUAGUUUGUAGUUUGUUAAA